GAGUGAGGAGUGGUAGGACCCAUCUCUCUCUCUCUCUCUCUGCCUCUUCCCGUAGCACCUGGCAGGGGCUCAGCAGACCUGAGGAGCUCGAAUGGGCAGAGCAGAAUCUCUAGAAGGGAAGAUGAGCACCCAGGAUCCUUCAGAUCUGUGGAGCAGAUCAGAUGGAGAAGCUGAGCUGCUUCAGGACUUGGGGUGGUAUCAUGGCAACCUCACACGCCACGCGGCCGAGGCUCUUCUCCUCUCAAACGGAUGUGACGGCAGCUACCUUCUGAGGGACAGCAAUGAAAGGACAGGGCUGUACUCUCUCUCUGUGAGAGCCAAAGACUCUGUCAAACACUUUCAUGUUGAAUAUACUGGAUAUUCAUUUAAAUUUGGCUUUAAUGAAUUCUCAUCUUUGAAGGAUUUUGUCAAGCAUUUUGCAAAUCAGCCUUUGAUUGGAAGUGAGACAGGCACCCUGAUUGUCCUGAAACACCCCUACCCGAGAAAAGUGGAAGAACCUUCCAUUUAUGAGUCUGUCCGGGUUCACACAGCAAUGCAGACGGGCAGAACGGAAAGUGACCUCGUGCCCACCGCACCUUCCCUGGGCACCAAAGAAGGUUACCUCACCAAACAGGGGGGCCUGGUCAAGACCUGGAAAACAAGAUGGUUCACGUUGCACAGGAAUGAACUGAAAUACUUCAAAGACCAGAUGUCACCAGAACCAAUUCGGAUCCUAGACUUGACAGAAUGUUCGGCUGUGCAAUUUGAUUAUUCACAGGAAAGAGUAAACUGUUUUUGCUUGGUGUUUCCAUUCAGGACAUUUUAUCUCUGUGCAAAGACAGGAGUAGAAGCUGAUGAGUGGAUCAAGAUACUACGUUGGAAACUGUCUCAAAUAAGAAAGCAGCUCGACCAAAGGGAAGGCACAAUCCGAUCUCGGUCAUUCAUCUUUAAAUAGACCUUUCCUGACCCAGGAUGUCCUGACCCAGGACCAGGGCGGCAUGGUCCCUGAUGCUGUGAUCUGCAGCAGGCUUCAGAGGAAGGUUAAGGAUUUUUCUUUCGAAACAAAUCGAAUGCAGAUGCGGGUUCGGACCUUUCAGAACCCACCGCAUUUGUGAACUCAUGGGUCACUGCUUGCCCUUCAAGAUGUUGUCGUCUCCUUGAGAAUACCAAAGCAUCACCGUUCUGAUGGGAACUGAUGACACCACCAACUCAGGCAUGCUCACUCUUAAAAUGGGCGAGAGAAGAUCAAGGGUUUUUGUUUUCCCUCACUGCGGUCCCCUAGCUGGUUGACAUUAGUUGCCUGGGGUCUCAUUCUGCAUCAUGGUCAGCUCAUCUGACAUCCAGGUUGUGCUGUCCACCAGGAAGGGAACAGCUAUGUCCUCUGAUGCUUCUAUAGAAAGUGUAUGCAACUAGCAAACACCAAAGACUUGGCG